AUGGACGAAGGUACCGUGCCUGCUCCUGCUCCUACCGUCUGUAACGAGAUGGGUGGUGAUUUUGAGGCAGGUGCAGUGGUGGAGACACAUCUGCGCACGCCUUCCAUAAUGGAAUCUCCGACCAAGCCACUCACCAGUCAGAGCUCAGUAUUCUUCCUCUGGAAGCCGAGGAAGAAGCAAGAUGGAAAGUCCACCGCACACCCACUCGAGCCUCCCCGAGCCAGUCAGCGUUGA